AGGAGAUGUGGUUGCCAUGGCCACUGCUGAAUCAUCCUCCACCGUCUGCGCGUCUGUCCUCUAAUUUAAUCUCCUCAUGUCGCGAGGCCCCUCCGCCGUCCAGGCCUGCAUUGGCACACACGUGAAUUUGCUCUGUUAGUUGCGGCAAAUCUGUGCAUCGUAUCCGCGGACGACAACGGAGGCUGAACGGCAGCCUUUCGGAUGGGUAACGUACCCACUACAGUGAAGCACUGCCUGAGCUAUGAUCAACUCAUCGAGGAAUACCCAUGGCUGAGGCGCUGGCUGCAGCAGGAGAAGACUAUUGCAGGACAUGAGUAUCCAGAGAUUGUUAAAAUUGUUGAAGUUGGGCCAAGAGACGGGCUGCAGAAUGAAAAGGAAAUUGUUCCGACAGGGGUGAAAAUCCAGCUGAUAGACUUGCUCUCAGGAACAGGCCUGUCUGUGAUCGAGGCCACCAGCUUUGUCUCUUCAAAGUGGGUGCCGCAGAUGGCAGACCAUACUGACGUACUCAGGGGAAUCAAGAGAGCACCUCAUGUUCGGUACCCUGUUCUGACACCUAACCUGCAAGGCUUUCAGGAUGCUGUUGCAGCUGGUGCUACUGAAGUGGCGGUGUUUGGGUCGGCAUCUGAAACCUUCAGUAAAAAAAACAUCAACUGCUCUAUUGACGAAAGUAUGCUGAGGUUUGAGGAAGUCAUUAGCGCCGCCAAAGAGCAACAGAUUCCAGUCCGUGGGUAUGUCUCUUGUGCCCUCGGAUGCCCACAUGAGGGACACAUUGAACCUUCCAAAGUUGCUGAGGUGGCAAAGAGACUGUAUGAAAUGGGAUGCUAUGAGAUUUCUUUGGGGGACACCAUUGGCGUUGGUACUCCAGGUUCCAUGUUUAAGAUGCUGCAGAGUGUGAUGAAGGAGGUUCCUGUCGAAGCUUUAGCGGUUCACUGCCAUGACACUUACGGGCAAGCGCUGCCCAACAUCCUUACUGCACUUCAGAUGGGGGUCUGUGUGGUGGAUUCAGCUGUAGCUGGGUUGGGCGGUUGCCCCUACGCGCAGGGCUCAUCUGGUAAUGUUUCGACAGAGGAUGUUCUUUACAUGCUCCACGGCAUGGGCAUCGAAACAGGUGUGAACCUCGGCAAAGUCACGGAGGCCGGUCACUUCAUCUGCAAUGCUUUAAAUCGCAAGACGAACUCCAAGGUCGCCCAGGCAAGAAGCAGGACCCUGUGACGUGUCUCUUUGGAGGAAUAAUAUUUAAAAAUGUGACUGUGCUCCCUUUAAAGUGCUUCCUUCUGUAUUGCUGCCUUCAGAUUCUUUGCCUAUGCUUCUCUAUUUGACGUACGUUGCUCGUUUUGUCUGAUGUAUCUCAAAAGUAUCGCCUCUCUCAGUUUUAGUUUCUUGAGUUUAAUCAAGCAGGAAGGGAUUUUAUGAUCACCUCUUAUUCUCUUAGAUAUAUUUUAUGCUCAUUUAUUUAGACUGGAAAGAGAGGUGGAGGUGGAGAAUACCGACUUUUAAAGUGUUUGUCAAUGGGGAACUACUCGCUCCUAUUUUAAAACCAUCUAACAUUUAAUGCCACACACUUUAUUACUUGGCAAAGCUCAGUGGCCUUAUAAAAAUCACGUAACAGAAUGAAAAUUUAGCCUGCUUUGGCUACUCGGAGAACUCCAUUUGUCAUCAUCACAGGUGUGUGACAUCUCCUUCGGCACUUUACUUCUCCAAAUACCUUGGCCCACUUGGUCGGGUCUUGUAUAAAUAGUUUGGUUGUUUUGUAUUUAAAGCUUCAUUUCCCUGACAUAGGUCAAAUGGGGGUUAAUUUUCUCAUGCCUCUCUUGUCCCGACAUCCUACUGUGCUAUACGUAGAAUAAAAAUAAAAAUGUUUGAAAAUUGAAAUAAAUCAGCAAAAUCGUUGUGAAAAUCAUGCUAAAUAACCGAAUAAAGACUGAACUGGG